AUGUACCCUGGCCAGCAAUACCAAAACAGCCAUCCUCCACCGGCUAUACCUCCUUACGGUUUCCACAGACCGCCACCACCAGGAAAUUAUGGAGGAGGUCCACCACUUCCACCACCGCAUGGAUAUCCAAGCCCACGACCACAUCCUGCUCAUGGCUUUCAUGGUCCUCCCCAGCCUCCGUCCGGCAUGCAGCACGUAUCCACGCCUGGAGGUGGUAACGUAGAAUUCAGGUACUCGCAAGCUACCGGGAAACGUAAGGCAUUGUUGAUCGGUAUCAAUUACUUCAACACAAAGUCGGAACUGCGAGGCUGCAUCAACGACGUACAGAACAUGCAGCGCUUCCUUUUACAUCGGGGAUACAAGCCAGAGGAUAUGGUUAUUUUGACAGACGAUCAGCGUAAUCCAAUGUCUCAUCCCACCCGCGCGAAUAUAACGCGAGCUAUUGGCUGGCUCGUCAGCAACGCCCAACCAAAUGACAGUCUUUUCUGGCAUUACUCGGGGCAUGGUGGCCAGGCUAAGGAUAGGGUAGGCGACGAGGCAGAUGGGUACGAUGAAACAAUCCUGCCUGUGGACUACAAGAUGGCCGGCCAGAUUAUUGACGAUGAACUUUACGAUCGUAUGGUACGCCCUCUUCAGCCUGGUGUCCGACUUACAGCAAUUUUCGACUCUUGUCACAGUGCUACGGCUUUAGAUCUGCCCUAUCUCUAUUCAACUAAAGGCUCCGUUAAGGAACAAAAUGGCUUGGAGGGCGCAGGCACCAAUCUACUUAAUGCUGGUAUGAGCUAUAUGAGGGGCAAUACAGGUAGUGCAGUGAAGACACUCUUCGGCCUGGGCAAGAGUGCCAUCAGGGGCAACAAGGCGCAGAAGCUUAGUAUGCAGAAGACGCAUCCUGCAGAUGUAAUCUCCCUUUCAGGAUGCAAAGAUAAUCAGACAUCAGCCGAUACCAGCUUUGGUAACAUGAAUGGUGGUGCAAUGUCCCACGCCUUCUGUUCAGUGGUCUCCAAAUACUCAAAUCUAUCAUACCUCGAUCUCCUCAACGCUAUACGUGAUGAGAUUAGCCGCUACCAGCAGCUGCCUCAACUCAGCUCAGCUCAUCCAAUUGAUCUCAACUUGAAAUUUGUUGUUUGA